AUGACAACUGCUGUGGCUCUUCCUCCUCGUCGCCCUCCUCCUACUACUACUACUACCACCACCACUACUGCUGCUGCUGCUACUCGUCCUGGAGAGAUAGUAGAACAACCCUUCUCUCAGCUACUUCCCUGGUGGAAGCACUGGGAGACGGUAGCUGUCACUCUCGCAAAUGUUCCUCUGGAGGCCGACACGUUCACUCUCUGGAAGGCGUUCAACAAAGAGGGUAAUAUCUUUUCGAUUGAUCUCUUUACGGAUAUUCACGGUAAUAGGGAUCCUAAAGGGAAGAUUCGGUUCAAACCUGCACCUCAUACGGAUUUCUGGAGAGCGAAUACCUACAUAAUUACCCUCCCCGAUGGCCAACCGGCUACUAUCUUCGUUAGGCUCGAUAACAAGCACCAAAUCUGUCGUAUACCCAGCCCAGUCCAGUACAACAUCUCUUUUCCAGCGGAAGUUAACAUACCAAUCGUGUCAUUGGACAUCGGAGUUCUUAUCAACGAGACCACGAUGUUGCCAAUGCGUAUUGUUGGGACCGGACUUAACGAGCAACCAUCUCUAGUUCUCGACCUGAAGCGCAGGGCCUUGUUUGUCUACUUUCAACUCCCAAUCUUCAAUUCCAUAUACAAGCCGACUUCGUCUGCGGAUGUCUAUCAAGAGUACCGUCUCGAAAUUCCCUUCUUCCAAUUGAUAAGGAUCUUCCAAACCCGCGAUCCGGUGUCCGGAUGCACGUCUCACUUUACGUUCUUGGAAUCCCCUGCAAUCUACCAUCGACGCGUUAAGAACAUCCAGAGCACAUUCGUUGACGAAGCUUCCUGGAGGGAUGGAGACACUUGGUACCGCCAAACGCACGUGGUCCACAACCCCCAGGCACAAGCUACUUUGCCUAUCAGUCUACGGAAGCAAAAUCCUGUAAUUGACAUCGGACGCUGGAAUGCCUUCAAGAUCAUGUAUCCUAAGAAUUCCAAUGACAAAGAGAGCUUGAUGCUGGCUUGUAGUAUCCUGAGAGACUACAAUGUGACAAUCGAGGAUACGGACCGUUUCACUCAGUGCGACGGUGCCCAGCAAAAAAGCCCGCCUAUUUGGAGAUGGAUAGAUCUGUCAGAAUCACGAAACAAGGCUUUGUCGUCGUCACUGGAUGACCUUAUUGAUGAAGACUAUAUCAAUCUUCCCUUCUCUGUCCGGUACCAGCUCGAGGUCUGCCUUUCGAAUGGGUACCUCUCGGAAUUCACCAUGCCCCGGGAGUUUGCAUCUAAGCUGUUCGAGCUCGGUGAGAAGGAUGCCAGAAAGCUCUUGGAGCAUGUGGCAACGAAGAAGAAAGUCUUCCACGAUCCAAUGAAGAUAUUCGAUCUCAAAUUUAUCCGAGGAGUGACCAAUGCUAAGAUACCGCCAUAUUGUUGCUAUAUGCGCUCUGCCAGAAUAACUCCGAGUACCAUCUACUACAGCACUCCAACUGUCGACAUCUCGAAUCGCGUCAUUCGAUACUUCAUCGAAUAUGCUGAUCGUUUCCUCCGCAUUCGAUUCACGGAUGAGAAGUUGAUCGGUCGUAUAAAUUCGACCAAUAAUAAUACGAUGAACGAAGUAUUUACCCGGGUUAAGCGCACCUUGGCCAACGGUAUCACGAUAGGUGAUAGACACUACGAAUUUCUUGCCUUCGGAAACUCCCAAUUCCGCGAACACGGUGCUUACUUUUUUGCACCCUUGCCGAAUCUCACAGCCGCCAACAUUCGUGCAUGGAUGGGGCAUUUCAACGACAUCAGAAAUGUCGCCAAAUAUGCCGCAAGGUUAGGGCAAUGCUUUUCGACUACUCGGGCCGUUGCUGGCUGUCCCGUCCAAGUUCGUAAGAUCGAUGAUGUCGUUCGCAACGGAUACACCUUUUCGGAUGGUGUCGGUCGGAUCUCCAAAUUUCUCGCUCAGAUGGCCACAUCAGAAUUGAAGAUCAGAACCCUUACAGGCGAUGUACCUUCAGCGUUCCAGUUCCGUCUGGGAGGAAGCAAGGGAAUGCUCACAGUUUCUUCACAAGCUCAACGCCAGGAAGUGCACAUCCGCAACAGCCAGGAAAAAUUCGCCGCGGUCCACAAUGGUCUAGAAAUUAUUCGCUGGUCACAGUUCUCCCUAGCAACACUCAACAGGCAAUUGAUUAUUGUCUUGUCGACACUUGGUAUUCGAGACGAGGUGUUUCAUGCUAGGCUGCGAACCAUGUUGAAGAGCCUCGAUGAGGCCAUGACAAGUGAUCCCCAGGCUAUCUACUUGCUCAAGAAAUACGUGGAUCCGAAUCAGAUGACUCUCACUGUGAGUCAAAUGGUGCUGGAUGGUUUUCGAAAGUCACAGGAGCCGUUCUUGACGUCAAUCUUGAGACUAUGGCGGGCCUGGCAUCUGAAAUAUUUGAAAGAGAAGGCAAAGAUUGUGGUCGAUCAAGGUGCCUCUGUACUUGGCUGCAUGGACGAAACGGGCACUCUUAAGGGUUAUCUCCAUGAUGCCAUACCGUCAAAGGAUGCCUCGUACGAAGAGAAAUUGGCUGCCUUACCGGAAAUCUUCCUUCAAAUUUCCCGACCUGACAAAGGCGGGAAGUACGAGGUAAUCGAAGACGUCUGCAUCCUGGCUCGAAACCCAUCCCUUCAUCCUGGAGACAUUCGUGUCGUCAAGGCAAUCAAUGUACCGGAGUUAAGUCAUCUUCAAGAUGUAGUUGUCAUGCCUCAGACCGGAGAUCGGGACGUUCCAAGUAUGUGUUCUGGAGGUGACCUCGAUGGAGAUGACUAUCUGGUAAUCUGGGACGAGGAACUGGUUCCGGACCAUUGGUUUCGCGAGCCAAUGGAUUAUGCGAGUAAAAAGGCUCGAGACCUUGACCACGACGUGACGGUGGACGAAAUAACCUCAUUCUUCGUUACUUACAUGAAGAAUGACUGUCUCCCUCGGAUCGCGCAUGCCCAUCUUGCUUGGGCUGAUUACCUCGAAGAAGGCGUCGAUAACGACAAGUGCAUGCAGCUCGCACAGCUUCACUCCGAUGCAGUCGACUACAACAAGACGGGGAAUCCGGCAAAUAUGGUGCGCACCCUACAGCCGAAAAAGUGGCCUCAUUUCAUGGAGAAACGGCAUAAGCCCAGGGAGCAGAUCUAUCAUUCGAAGAAGGUCCUCGGUCAGCUUUACGAUGCAGUAGAACGUGUCGACUUUGUUCCUGGUCUUGAACUUCCUUUUGACAAACGGAUUCUGGAUUGUGAUCUGGAAGUUACCGAAGAUUUGAUGGAGUUUUCUAGGAAGCUCAAGUAUGAAUAUGACUCGGCAAUGCGUCGGAUUAUGGCACAGCAUGAAAUCAAAACCGAAUUCGAGGUCUGGUCUACUUUUGUGUUGAGCCAUGCGAACAUGAGCAAGGAUUAUAAGUUUCACGAAGAGCUAGGAACUAUUUCAGUGUCACUUCGGGAGAUGCAUCGCAAACAGUGCUAUGAGAAGGUCGGCGGACGCAAUUUCCAACAGCUGGCGCCAUUGGCCGUAGCCAUGUAUCGAAUCACGCAUGAGGAGAUGGCUGCAGCGUUAAGCAAGCAUCGCCAGGAGAAUCCACCGGAUGAGAGGCUUUUCCAUAGAUCAGCACCCAAGAUGGACAAAUUGCCUCUCAUCAGCUUCCCGUGGCUAUUACCGCAUAUUCUCGGAAAGAUAGCAUUGGGUCAUUACGAGUCGCCGGAGAAACCUACCGAAAAAUCCGAUCAGAAUUUGCUCGAAGAGGCGAGCCCUAACCCAGAUAAUCAUGACACCGUCGCCGAACCUGUCCCAGAAAAUCAGGAAUCCGAUGUUCAGAAAGUCAAUGUCACCGAACCAACUCAAUCGGACCCAUUCGGUUUGUUCACUGGUGACAACCAUCUGCCCGACGAUCCAUCGCCCGCGGUCAAAUGUCCGGCUCCUGGAGUGGAAAAAAGUUCUGGAUCUCUAGAUCAACUGAUGGACUUCGGAUUCUCGAAAUCGCCACAGACGAUCACCGCUCAAGCUAAUACGGACCUUGGUGUGUAUUCGAAUCUACUUGAUUUUGAGAACUUAAAACCUGGGUGCGACGAACCAGCAGCAACAGCAACAACGCCAACGCCAACGACAGCAGCAGCAGCAGCAGCAGCAGCACCGAAGCACGAUUUGGAGAAGACGGGUAUCACGGAGAAUGUCAUUGAGGGCACGGAAACAGAAUGUAUUGAAAUCGUGGAGGACGAAGGAGAUCUAGAGCCUGACCCGGUCGACAAGCUCAACGCACUGCUUGGCUUCUAA